AAUAAAAUAAUGCCAUGUCAUCGAUCCAACAUUAAUACAAAUCCCCAAAGCUCAACCGUUCAUUCACCAUCGACGGCCCAAAACUUUCCCCCAGAAGAGUACACAAGGAUCGAUUCCCGUUCAAAGCUUCCUUAUAGAUACCCAACCACCACGCCCCUUCCCUUGGCUCUGAAGGUCACCAAAUCAAGCUAUCUCAUAGUCUUUCAGUUGUGCAAAAAUGUCUGGGCGUGGCAAGGGAGGCAAAGGAUUGGGAAAAGGAGGAGCAAAACGGCACCGUAAGGUCCUCCGCGAUAACAUCCAAGGGAUCACAAAGCCAGCCAUCCGCCGUUUGGCUCGCCGUGGCGGCGUUAAACGUAUCAGCGGUCUUAUUUACGAGGAGACGCGCGGCGUCCUCAAAAUCUUCCUUGAAAACGUCAUCAGAGACGCCGUUACCUACACCGAGCACGCCCGCCGCAAAACCGUCACCGCCAUGGACGUCGUUUACGCGCUCAAGAGACAAGGCCGUACCCUUUACGGGUUUGGUGGUUAGGGUUUUUUAUUAUGGUUCUGUUUGGUGGAAAUUCAGGAAUGAAAAAUAUCAAUGGUGUUUUUGAUGCGAAAUUGUCUUUAUCAUUUUUAUCAUAUUUGUUUUCUUUAAUAUAAUUACAUUCCAAAUUUUGAUA